GUCCGGAUUCCGAAAGCCGCGUCACGCUCCUUUAUCUAUCAGCCAAUCACAAACGUUAAAACGCACAUACAUUAAACAAGCCCUGAACUCGUACACAGGUAGCGCGAGCGCUGCGUUUGGAAGGAGCUAUAAACGGUCAUUCUUUCAUCAGACUCCUUUUGUUCCCGUCUUCUGAAGCGAAUAAAAGUUUUUGUUCGGUGAAGCUCGAUUGAAAGGCACGGAGAUGAACAGCUCGGCUGACGUCUUGUCCUCGGCGUACCUGGCCGUGGAGUUUGUGGACUCGUUGCUGCCUCAGAACCCUCUCCAGGAGCCCGUGAUGGAGGCCUGGAACCACAUGCUGCAGAACUACAGCAAGUUCCAGAUCGCGACAUGGGGAUCACUCGUCGUGCACGAGCUGGUCUAUUUCCUGUUCUGUCUGCCGGGCUUCCUGUUUCAGUUCAUACCGUUCAUGCAGAGAUACAAGAUUCAGCAAGAUAAACCAGAGACGUGGGGGAAACAGUGGAAGUGCUUGAAGAUGCUGCUGUUUAAUCACUUCUUCAUUCAGCUGCCCCUCAUCUGUGGCACAUACUACUUCACCGAGUACUUUAACAUCCCUUACGACUGGGAGUCAAUGCCGCGUUGGCCGUAUCUGUUAGCUCAGUGUUUCGGCUGUGCCGUGAUCGAGGACACGUGGCACUACUUCCUGCACAGGGCUCUUCAUCACCGCAGGAUCUACAAAUACAUCCACAAAGUUCACCAUGAUUUCACAGCUCCAUUUGGGAUGCAGGCAGAAUACGCACACCCGUUAGAGACGAUAAUCCUGGGCUCUGGCUUCUUCAUUGGCAUCAUGGUCUUCUGUAAUCACAUGGCACUCUUAUGGGCAUGGGUCACAUUCCGUCUGCUGGAGACCAUCGAUGUGCACAGUGGAUAUUAUAUCCCUCUGAACCCGCUGCACUUGAUCCCGUUCUACGCCGGUGCACGCUUCCAUGACUUCCACCACAUGAACUUCGUGGGCAAUUACGGCUCCACCUUCACCUGGUGGGACAGACUGUUCAACACCGACGACCAGUACAACAGCUACAUGCAGAAACAGAUGCUGAAGAAAAGCCAGUAACAAGCACAAAACACACACGUCUCAUAUUAAUAGUGUUACACACUGGACUGGACGGAUGGCAACACCAGCGACUUGCACAGGUUUCACCACAGCGCGCCUUUAAGUUCUAAACGAGAGCCAACUGACACCAUGAACUGUUCACGCUGUUGCUUUUAAAGACAAAAUCUUUCGCAAACGACUGGAUUUCAUCGAUCAGUAUUUCUAUUAGAUUUUGAGGACAGGCAUUUUAGAUUGUUUAUUUAAAAAAAAACUUAUAUGCAUUAUAUCCAUGUUCAAAAAGUAGCUUGUUGCGAUCUUAAGGAUUUGUCUGAUAAUCGGUAACAGAGACAUCACAUAACGACGUCAUCACUCAAAGCACUUUGGAUGAAAUUGUUUUUUGUUUUUUAAAUUUUUUUUUUAUGUGAAUUUUUUUUCUGAGCUUCCGGUGAUACCAAAGAAUAAUGUUGUUUUAAAAAAGCAUAAACAUUUAUUAUAUUCUAUUAGAUGAUUUAUAUAGGCAUAUGUGGAAGAAAGAAAGAAAGAAAGAAAGAAAGAAAGAAAGAAAGAAAAAGACCAAAUAAAGACCAAAUAAACUGGAAAGGACUCUUGCUUUGGUGUCAUUUUGUCAUUAAUGUGUUUAAGCAGCUUGCAGAUCAGCCAAUUGUACACAGUGCACAAAUGAAAGAAGAGGAGGACAAUAAAUAUGGUCU